CUCCUCGACUCGCUCAGACUCCAGAGUGACUCAGCUGCGUGAAGAACUGGUGAUAGGUCCUCGUGUCAUUAACGCGACCGCAUUAUUGUACUGAUGCUGUAGAUUUUCAAGGCGGCUUCAACGACAAAAAGGGUUCUGGUGGUGGAGAUAUGAAUCUUUCCAAGAUCGAGAUUUUGCUGGCAUUGAUUCUCAGUGUAUUUACUGGUCCAGUGGCCUGCUCACACGAUGAGACUCAGCUGGUGAAAACUCUGUUCACCGGUUACAACAAGGUGGUUCGUCCCGUGAACCACUUCAGCGAAGCCGUGGUCGUCACCGUGGGACUGCAGCUCAUCCAGCUCAUCAGCGUGGAUGAAGUCAACCAGAUCGUGACCAGUAAUGUCCGUCUCAAACAGCAAUGGUUAGAUGUGAACCUGAAUUGGAAUCCAGACGAUUACGGCGGCAUCAAAAAGAUCCGAGUACCUUCAACCGACAUAUGGAAGCCUGAUCUGGUGCUAUACAACAACGCUGACGGCGACUUCGCCAUCAUCCACGAGACCAAAGUGCUGCUGGAGCACACGGGCGUCAUAACGUGGAACCCGCCGGCCAUCUUCAAGAGCUACUGCGAGAUCAUCGUGCUCCACUUCCCGUUCGACCUGCAGAACUGCAGCAUGAAGCUGGGAACCUGGACGUACGACGGACUGCUGGUCGCCAUCAACCCAGACAGCGAUCGACCGGACCUCAGUAACUUCAUGGAGUCGGGGGAGUGGGUGUUGAAGGACUACAGGAGCUGGAAGCACUGGGUCUACUACACCUGCUGUCCCGACACGCCCUACCUGGACAUCACCUACCACUUCCUGAUGCUGCGGCUGCCUCUCUAUUUCAUCGUCAACGUCAUCAUUCCCUGCAUGCUGUUCUCCUUCCUCACCGGACUGGUCUUCUACCUGCCAACCGACUCUGGGGAGAAGAUGACGCUGUCCAUCUCCGUCCUGCUGUCGCUGACUGUCUUCCUGCUGGUCAUCGUGGAGCUCAUCCCCUCCACCUCCAGCGCCGUCCCCCUCAUAGGGAAGUACAUGCUCUUCACCAUGGUGUUCGUCAUCGCCUCCAUCAUCAUCACCGUCAUCGUCAUCAACACACACCACCGCUCGCCCAGCACGCACACCAUGCCGGCGUGGAUCCGCAAGGUCUUCAUUGAAACCAUUCCCAACAUGAUGUUCUUCUCAACGAUGAAGCGGCCCAGUCAGGAGAUCCGACAGAAAAGACUGUUCCCCACCGACAUGGACAUCUCUGACAUCUCAGGUAACCCCGUCCCCACCAGUGUCACCUACCAGCCUCCCAUCAUCAAAAACCCUGACGUGCGCAGCGCCAUCGAAGGGGUGAAGUACAUCGCUGAGACCAUGAAAUCAGACGAGGAAUCGAACAAUGCGGCCGAGGAGUGGAAGUUCGUCGCCAUGGUUUUGGACCACAUCCUGCUCUGCGUGUUCAUGGCCGUGUGCAUCAUCGGGACGCUCGCCGUCUUCGCCGGGAGACUCAUCGAGCUCAAGAUUCUGUACGGCUGACACCACAGAGGGAGCACGAGCGUCAUCAGAAUAUAGACAUUUUCCAUCAAUGGAGCGGCUCCCGGGUGUGUUCGUCUUCUCCCUCUCUCUGUCUCGCAGGCACGUGUCUCUCGGCCUUGCGUCGCCGAGUCUGCGCAUUUGCUGAGAGCGAGGAGACGAGGGAGGAUCCAGGCCAUGAGUCCGAUGAUGUAGAUGGGUCACACUUGAAGCUGUUCUGGUUUUUUCUACAGUGUUUUAUCGCCGCCAUCACUCCGGUCGGGCCCUCAGAUGGUGAAAUUUAAUAAUCUAACGGUAAUAAUUGCCAUGAAUGAACACCGCGUAUGGGCAAAGAUUAUUUCCUGUCUGGAAGUUUUUAUUGUUUUCUUUUGCCCGCCGCUCGGCCGACUUGUCGACAGCUCGGUUAAUAUUCAUAGGUUAAAGGUUUGUGAAGUGUUUGAUUCAGAAAUAGAAAAGUACUUCCAUUAUUCACGGGUUUGUUUGGUCACUAACGCGUCGCGCAAAUUCCUCUUGACUCUGUCGUACAUUUUGUUCAAGGCUGUUGGUUUGUUCUUUGAGAAAUUAUUUGAUUUUUGGAUAUUGAAGGACAGUGGUGAGAUCAGUUAAAUCUGAUCUUAUUUUUCUUUCUUUUUCUUUAAAUAUCUAUUAAAAAAAAAUCUGAAAUCUGUUGGUAGACGUCUCAUGUGCUUAUGAUAUCAAGUCAUAAUUUGAUUAUAUUAGGUAUCAAAAACCAGUUUAUUGUUGAGGAGUCACGGGCUAGAAUCUGAUGAGAGUUGUGUGUUUUGUGCAGCUUAACUUUUGCCACCGCAAAAAUAAACUGAGGCACAUCACAAAGACUAUUUUUAGAAAGCGAUGCAAUGAGAGAAAAAAAUUCCAUGAAGUGUUUUGACUUCUUGUCCGUCACUGCUGCUGCGUGUUCACAGCGACCAGCUGGAGGCAACUUGAUUUAUUUUUGCAGCCUUGUAGUUCAGUUUAAUUAUACAGUAACAUUCUAUGAAGUGAUAUUGCACUGACCAUUUGUUUUUGAUUUUUUUUGUAUAUUUCUCAUAGUUUAGAUGUGAAAUAAGAGUGAAAAAUAAAAAUCAUGACUCGUCUA